AUGGUAUACACUUCAGAACUCGAAGAAUAUUUACGGCUACGCCAAAUAUUCCAACCUAGCAGUGAGAAACGCAAUUCCCAUGCUGAAGCUUCUGCUAUGCAACCACCUCCCCCUUUCGCUGGACAAUCAUCUCUCCCCUCGACAGAUUGGCCUCUUUAUGACCCUUCUAUGAGCCACGCCUCUGCGUUUCUGGGUCCCAGCUGGACUACGCCAACCCAACCACCUACCUCUGCGGUCGGGCAUACACCUGUACCCUCUACAAAUUGGCUUCUUUAUGACCCUUCUAUGGGCCACACCUCCGCGUUUCUGAGUCCCAGCUGGACUAUGCCAACCCAACCACCUACCUCUACAGUCGGACAUACACCUGUACCCUCUACAAAUUGGCCUCUUUACAACCCUUCUAUAAACCAUGCCUUUAGGUCUCUUCGUCCCGGCCGGGCGAUGCAUACCGCGAUUGGUCACCCCACAGCGGAAAUAUUUUACCAGGGCAACAUGCAGACCUCCCCGACCGUGCAGUAUAGAGACACCGAGGUUGGAGCCGAGGGCCAUCUCAGUCCGGGUCAAACCACAACCCAUACCUGGUCCUCGACACCAAGUCCCUCAACCCAAGAUACAUCUCCUCCAGACCAGCACGAUAGUGAAGCUGCUAUUGUAGAGUCAAAUUUUGUGCAUGGCGAACCCCAGCAACAAGAGUGA